UCGCCUAAUCCUCGCUUGUGACAUACAGAGCAAUCAUGUUGUCCCGUUUCGCAGCUGCGAGCGUUGUGCUCGCGCGCUUCUCCAAUGCUUGGCCACCUGCAGGCCACCAGCAGCCUUCGGGUCCAGUGAUCCACGUCGCCCCUAAUACGAAGUAUCAAGGUUUCGAUGGCAUUGGCAUUUCUGAAGCCUUCCAGCGGUCGCUGGUCCUCCACCAACUCGAUACUCCAUCCCAGAAUCUCGUUCUGGACUAUCUGUUCAGUAGCGAGAAAGGUGCAGGCAUGACCAUCCUGCGAAACGGCCUGGGCUCUUCACCAGACCAAGGAUGGGAUCACAUGCAGAGCAUCGCUCCUUCUCCUCCGACUCCGAAUUUGAACACCAGCCAGCUGGAUUUCAUCCCACUCCCGCGCGACGACCAGUACCAGGUGUGGCUCUCGCAGCAAGCUCUCGCGCGUGGUGUCAAGUAUAUCUAUGCCGAUGCAUGGAGCGCCGACUACUACAUGAAGACGAACAACAAUGAGACCAACGGUGGUUAUCUUUGCGGCGUGACAAAUACGAGCUGUGCCACGGGAGACUGGCGACAGGCGUACGCCAACAAGAUCACCCGCUACAUCCAGGACUACCAGGCCUACGGAAUCAAGAUUGAUUAUGUUGGCUUCCUAAACGAGCCCGACCUUAGCACACCGUAUGCCUCCAUGCAAUCGGACGGCCAACAAGCUGCAGACUUCUUAACGGUCCUUUACCCGACCCUUCAACAAGCUGGCAUCUCGACGCAGAUCGCUUGCUGUGAUGGCAGCGGCUGGGAAGAGAACCGUGAACGCCUGACCGGCAUCCAAGCGGCCGGUGCCGAAUACACGCUCGGGUUGGUUACGGCGCAUGGCUACAGCUCGGCGCCGGGUGCGCCAUUUGCGACGCCCAAGAAAGUUUGGCAGACAGAGUGGUCCACAUUCGAUAACCUCAACUACAACUGGUAUGUCAGAGGCUCCCAGAGCGAAGGCCUUACCUGGGCGAACCAUAUCCAGCAGACCUUCACCGUCUCGAACGUGACGGGCUUCCUCUACUGGUGGGGCGCGGCGAAUGCGACGGACAAUGAACCGCUGAUCUUCAUUAACGGCACCAACGAAGUUAGUGUGACGAAGCGACUCUGGGCCCAUGCGCACUUCGGCAGCCGUUUCAUCCGACAAGGUGCGUCGCGUAUCGGCGCGACUGUGACCGGCGAUUCGACAAACGCACUCAAUGUUUCUGCGUUCGCAAACACUGACGGUUCGACGGCCAUUCAAGUCAUCAACAACGGUAAUACCACCGAGACGGUAACCUUGGAAGGUCUUUACUGCCCAAGGCCAGUCCAGACGUGGUUGACAAACCAGGCCAACAAUCUCACGUUGAGUGUUGUCCACGCCGGUCGGAGAGGAAACAUCGUUGCGGACGUACCUGCGAAGUCACUGCUCAGCUUCUACGUGUAGACUGAAAAGCAGUGACGAGCUCGACACCGGACAGCGUGCAAGCAGGUUGCCACAUAUAUGGAAGGAUUGGAAAUCCAAAAGCAGUGACAGGGUCCUUAUCGUAGACUAGCCGUAGAUCUCUGUGAAUUCUGACAGG